UUCCUGUGUAGGAGACAAAUGUUUUACUGUAUCCAAGAGGUGAAAACAGAGGUUGUGUGGGAAUUUGUCACCGUGCUUGCACCAAAUCAGCCAUAUGCAUAUCUUUCUUCAUUUAGAGAAAUCCCUUGACGAAAAAUCAAGGAUUUGUGAUUGUGUCAGAUCUUUUCCCAGGCAAACCGUUUAACGGUCGCAGCCCGCGGCUAUUUAUAAAAUGGUCCGUGAAAAACUGGUUUUUUGCAAGUCGGACUACGGAAGUCUCCAGAAGUACAGGUGGCAGUGUCGUAUAGUUAUUAAUAAUUAAAUGCCAUUGUUUGCGAAAGGGGAGAAGACCGGAAGCGCGGCCAUUUUCCGGAAGUUCUGUAGGGCUGUUUUUGUUGCCAGAGGGAUUGUUGUGAAAAUGGCGGCGUCUCGUCGCUCGUCUCAGCAGCAACAGCAGAGCCUGUCUUCACCUCCACGGAACGCUUCUCUUUCUCUUACUCCUCCGGGCUCUCCCCCGGGGCCAGUGGGCGCCGCAGUUUUGGCUCCGGCGGGCGCCGAGCAGGAGUGUAGCGGGGAUCCGGAGGUAACCCCGGCCUCCCCCGACCUCCCCGCUCCGGCCCUUAGCAGCAGCAGCAGCAGCACCAGCUCCACUACGACCGGCGGGGGCAGCAGCGGCGGCUCCAGCCCCGAUUCAGGCAGCGCCAGUCCUGGGGGCGGCGGCUGCGGGAGUGUCGGGGCUUUUCGGGAGCUGUUCGAGGCCUGUCGCAAUGGGGACGUGUCGCGGGUGAAGAGGCUGGUGGAUUCGGGGAACGUGAACGCCAAGGACAUGGCGGGCCGCAAGUCCACGCCGCUUCACUUCGCCGCAGGCUUUGGCAGGAAGGACGUCGUAGAGCACCUUCUCCAGACAGGUGCCAAUGUGCAUGCGCGGGAUGAUGGGGGUCUGAUCCCCUUGCAUAACGCCUGCUCAUUUGGCCAUGCUGAGGUUGUGGGCCUACUGCUCUGCCAGGGUGCGGACCCCAACGCCCGUGACAACUGGAACUACACACCUCUACACGAGGCAGCCAUCAAGGGAAAAAUUGAUGUGUGCAUUGUCCUGCUCCAGCACGGUGCCGACCCCAACAUCCGCAACACCGACGGAAAGUCCGCGCUGGACCUGGCAGACCCAUCAGCCAAGGCUGUCCUCACUGGUGAAUACAAGAAGGAUGAGCUCCUGGAAGCAGCAAGGAGUGGUAACGAGGAGAAGCUCAUGGCACUGCUCACGCCUCUGAAUGUCAACUGCCAUGCCAGUGAUGGCCGCAAGUCGACAUCCCAAAAAAUGCUGUCCACACCUCUGCACCUAGCUGCUGGAUAUAAUCGUGUCCGCAUUGUGCAGCUGCUUCUCCAGCAUGGAGCUGAUGUCCACGCAAAGGACAAAGGAGGCCUGGUCCCCCUGCACAACGCCUGCUCCUAUGGUCACUACGAGGUCACCGAGCUCCUUCUCAAGCACGGCGCCUGUGUCAAUGCCAUGGACCUGUGGCAGUUCACACCGCUACAUGAGGCUGCCUCCAAGAACAGGGUGGAGGUGUGUUCUUUACUGCUGAGCCAUGGUGCCGACCCCACACUAGUCAACUGCCACGGUAAAAGUGCCGUUGACAUGGCACCUACGCCUGAGUUGAAGGAGCGGCUCACCUAUGAGUUCAAAGGCCACUCUUUGCUCCAGGCAGCACGAGAGGCUGAUAUGGCAAAAGUGAAAAAGGCCCUAGCACUGGAAGUCAUCAACUUUAAGCAUCCCCAGUCCCACGAGACAGCCCUGCACUGUGCAGUGGCCUCGCCGCACCCCAAGCGCAAACAGGUGACUGAGUUGCUGCUCCGCAAGGGGGCCAAUGUGAAUGAGAAGAACAAGGACUUCAUGACCCCAUUGCACGUGGCUGCUGAGAGGGCACACAAUGAAAUCCUAGAGGUGCUACAGAAACAUGGAGCCAAGAUGAAUGCACUGGACACGCUUGGCCAGACAGCGCUGCACCGGGCAGCUCUGGCAGGACACCUGCAGACCUGCAGGCUCCUGCUGAGCUACGGCGCUGACCCAGCCAUUGUCUCUCUGCAGGGCUUCACUGCAGCACAGAUGGGCAACGAGGCUGUACAGCAGAUCCUCAAUGAGAACAUUCCGGUGCGCAACUCAGAUGUUGACUAUCGGCUUCUUGAAGCAGCCAAAGCUGGAGACCUGGAUACUGUGAAGCAACUGUGCUCCCCACAAAAUGUGAACUGCCGGGACCUGGAGGGCCGUCAUUCUACACCACUUCACUUUGCGGCAGGGUACAACCGUGUGUCUGUGGUGGACUAUCUGCUACACCAUGGCGCAGACGUGCAUGCUAAGGAUAAGGGCGGCCUGGUGCCCCUGCACAACGCCUGCUCUUAUGGCCACUAUGAAGUGGCCGAGCUGCUUGUGCGACACGGUGCUUCUGUCAACGUGGCUGACCUGUGGAAGUUCACCCCGCUGCACGAGGCAGCUGCCAAGGGCAAAUAUGAGAUCUGCAAGCUGCUUCUCAAGCAUGGGGCAGACCCCACCAAAAAGAACCGUGAUGGAAACACACCCUUGGACAUGGUGAAAGAAGGAGACACAGACAUCCAGGACCUGCUGAGGGGUGAUGCUGCCCUGCUGGAUGCUGCCAAGAAGGGCUGUCUGGCGCGAGUGCAGAAGCUGUGCAGUCCCGAAAACAUCAACUGCAGGGACACACAGGGCCGUAAUUCCACUCCGCUUCACCUUGCAGCUGGCUAUAACAAUCUGGAGGUGGCGGAGUACCUCCUGGAGCAUGGCGCUGACGUCAACGCCCAGGACAAAGGGGGGCUUAUUCCAUUGCACAAUGCUGCUUCCUAUGGACACGUGGACAUUGCGGCACUCCUGAUCAAGUAUAACACAUGCGUCAAUGCCACAGACAAGUGGGCCUUCACUCCACUGCACGAAGCAGCCCAAAAGGGCCGCACUCAGCUGUGUGCCCUGCUAUUGGCCCAUGGGGCUGACCCCACUAUGAAGAACCAGGAGGGUCAGACACCACUCGACCUUGCUACGGCUGAUGACAUCAGGGCUCUUCUCAUGGAUGCCAUGCCGCCUGAUGCUUUGCCCAGUUGCUUCAAGCCUCAGGCUACAGUUGUCAGUGCCUCUGUCAUCUCGCCUGCCUCCACACCAUCCUGCCUGUCAGCAGCUAGCAGCAUCGACAACCUGGCAGGUCCCCUGGCUGAACUGGCUGUGUCCGGGGCCUCAGGGCCUGCUGACGGGGCCACUGGCUCUGACCGCAAGGAGGGCGAAAUAGCUAUUCUGGACAUGAACAUCAGCCAGUUCUUAAAGAGCCUAGGCCUGGAGCACCUGAGGGACAUUUUUGAGAGAGAACAGAUUACACUGGAUGUGCUGGCUGACAUGGGUCAUGAGGAGCUGAAGGAAAUUGGCAUCAAUGCCUAUGGCCACCGGCAUAAGCUUAUCAAGGGGAUGGAAAGGCUGCUGGGAGGCCAGCAAGGCGCCAACCCCUACCUGACAUUUCACUGCGCCAGCCAGGGCACUGUGCUCAUUGACCUGGCACCUGAUGACAAGGAGUUCCAGUCAGUGGAAGAGGAGCUCCAAAGCACCAUCCGGGAGCACAGGGAUGGGGGCAAUGCAGGAGGGGUUUUCAGCAGAUACAAUGUUCUUAAGAUACAGAAGGUGGUGAAUAAGAAGCUGAGGGAACGUUAUGCACAUCGGCAGAAGGAAAUUGCCGAUGAAAACCACAACCACCACAAUGAGCGCAUGUUGUUCCAUGGGUCCCCGUUCAUCAACGCCAUUAUUCACAAAGGCUUUGAUGAGCGCCACGCCUACAUUGGUGGGAUGUUCGGUGCUGGCAUCUACUUUGCAGAGAACUCAUCAAAGAGCAACCAGUAUGUGUAUGGCAUUGGGGGUGGAACAGGCUGCCCCACCCACAAGGAUCGCUCCUGUUACACCUGCCACAGGCAAAUGCUUUUCUGUCGGGUCACACUGGGAAAGUCAUUCCUGCAGUUCAGUGCAAUGAAGAUGGCUCAUGCACCGCCAGGCCACCACUCGGUCAUUGGGCGGCCCAGCGUCAAUGGCCUGGCCUAUGCUGAGUAUGUCAUCUAUAGAGGAGAGCAGGCGUACCCCGAGUACCUCAUCACCUACCAGAUUCUGAAGCCAGAGAGCACGGCCCAGAGUGCCCCUGGCGCUGAGCAGAAGUCGUAGUGCAACUCAGCAGAACCGCAGAGACUGUUACUGAACACUUCACACAUUCGGGACUGACUGCCACUGAUGCUCCCUCUUGUGGUUUAGUUAAAAUGCCUUUUUUUUUUUUUUUUUUUUUUUUUUUUUUUUUUUUUAAUUUUACUUCAACAUAACCUUGUAAAUGGCCACCAUUAUGUCUUUCUUUCUGUUCAUGUUUUGUUUUGUUUUAACCACCCCCUUCUCACUGUAUACAGAAAGUUGCCUUCUUGCUUAACCAUUGCUGCCCCUUUCUCACCCUCGAGUGCCCAGACUGUCUGCUGUGGCCAGUGGUGUUCUCUCACAGUAGGUGGUCUUUCAGUUAAACAGGAAAUGAGUGUAUGCCUUCAGGUGCAGUUACCAUGGAGAUGUCUCACUACAUACCAUCAGGGUGAUUUGUGCCCUCCUGACUCCUGUUCACUGCCCCACCUAUAAGCAUUAAGGAUAGGAGACAGAAUAGGGGGAAGGGACAUGUAUACCCUGAUGUCUUCACAAGCACCACACACCCAUGGAUUUGCUUCCUUUUAAUUAAAGCCCAUAAAUGUGUUUAUCCUCAAGGCUUUGUAUUCUUUUUACUGUAAUUAUGGUUUAUUUUUUCUAAUUUGUUUUUAGAUUAUUUACAGUAUAAAAUGGACCAUGUCACGGUUUAGUCUGUAGGGACCUUAACUUUGCUUUUACUCUGUGUACAGGCUACUGUGGGAAACACAGUGUGUAGCAACCUUCCUUUUCUUUGUUUCUUUCUUUAAAGAGGUUUCAGAGUGGGUUCAGUAGAUGAACAGAUGUAAACGGUGUGGAAAAAACCUAAAAGCUAAUUAUUUUCACAACUCUACUACUACUUUGCACAAGAGAUCUGUGAAUGCCACAAAGCCCUGUUGUCUUAGUCACAGAAUUCACAUUUUAAAGGAUUUGCACUUUUAAACAGUAAAGAUAAGUUAUUAGAAAUGGAGAACUACAUUAUUAAAAAAAAAUGUCCAUUAAUGUACAGGUUAUGUAAAAGAUAAUGCCUUUGUAAAGCUUUGAUAUUGUUUACUGAUGAAGAUUGGAUUUUAUUAGUACUGUAAAUGAAGUGGGGUUUCUUUGGGAUUUCUUCCCUUUGUUUUGGAGAUGGAAUGGCUUGGAGGUCCAGUUCAGUAACUUUUUUUUUUUUUUCUUUUUUUCCUUUUUGAAUGAAUAUUAACCAUAGAAAGAUGUAUUGAUUGGUCAGGUUGCCAUACUCAUUACCCAGUUUUUUCCCCCCUUUCUUCCAGUGUGUAAAACUUCACUUUGAGAUUGAAUAACUGGUUGUAAUUAAUGUACUACUGAGUGCAGUCACAUGUGUAACUUUCUGUUGUGGAAGCAAGCUGCCUUACUUACAGUUCUGGGAAGAACCCCUCUGACCUCCUGUUCCUCACAUCGUGCUCUGGUUCAAAUGGGAUGUUUUAUGAGAAUGAGCUCACAGCCAGGGAGGCAGAGGAGGAGGCAGAGUAAACUGAUUGAUUGAAGAAUGAAGAUCUAACCAGACAGGUUGGGGUAGGAUCAAACUGAACUUCUCCCACUUUUUCGAUCUCUUUGCUGUAUUCUGGGUAGGUCCAUUCCCAGCCAGCUCUCUGUAACAGUAUCCAUGCAGAACCAUAAAUGACCAGAUAGAUCAACAGCUAUGGCCCUGCCGAUCAGUGCAAGCUCUGCCCUGAACCCAAGCCUCUCCCUCCACCAAGGGAAACUCGUAUUCCUUAUCUGCUUCUUCGAAUGAGUCUUAUUAAUGUACAUUUUGUCUUUGUUACUGAAACUAAACCCUGCAUCCACCAGUGUAACACCGCUGAUCUGAAGACUUGUCUAACGCAAUUCAACCUUGUAAACUAGUCUUAAAAUAAAGUAUGUGACAGUU